ACUCCAUGACCUAUUUUUGGCAUUAGUUGCAGCUGAUUGCAAAGAUUUUUGGCCCUCCCUGAUUUUUUUUUUUUGGCAGACGUUUGUCUUUGUUGAAAGAACUAUUUGAAAAGGGUGGUGUUGUCAAGAGAGAGACUUCUCUCCGUUUGCUCGCCGAAGUCUGCGUUACCUCUAUUACAAAAGUGUUGCCAGAAGGGAAACGUGGAAGGAACUAACACGCAACGGAAACAUCAAAGCCCAUUCCACCCCCUGGAAGCCGCCGCACUGGAGUGCGCUGUCCGAGCUCAUCCUGUUUUUAAGAGACAACUGAACAGAAUCCGGGAUCUCUCUACCAUUCAGUAUCAAUCAGGUCCUCAAAAACGAAUGCAAGCUUCUCUAAGCAAAAGGAGAAGGCAUAGGAACUACAGUUUCCCGCAGUUGUAGCAUCGUUUUGUCUCACGAGUAAAUCUGUCCAAGAAGUGCUCAACGAGAAGAACAAGAAUCUGCACAUUUUGGACGAUUUCCGAAGACUAUGGAGACUAAUCCAAUCCCCGUGGUGACUGUCCAGACUACCCCCUACGAUGACCAGAAACCGGGCCCAAGCGGCUUCAGAAAGAAAACAGCAGUUUUCGAAACGAAGAGAAAUUAUUUGCAAAACUACAUCCAGAGCGUGUUGUCCUCCAUCGACUUGCGGGACCGUCAGGGCUGUACGAUGGUGGUAGGGAGCGACGGCAGGUACUUCAGUCGCACCGCUACCGAAGUUAUUGUACAGAUGGCUGCCGCCAAUGGGAUCGGGCGGCUGGUCAUCGGACACAAUGGAAUUCUGUCCACUCCAGCCGUGUCGUGCAUCAUCAGAAAGAUCAAAGCUAUCGGAGGGAUGAUUCUCACCGCCAGUCACAACCCAGGGGGGCCUGGGGGGGAUUUUGGCAUCAAGUUCAACGUAGCCAAUGGCGGUCCCUCUCCUGACACAGUCACAGAAAAAAUCUGCCAGGUCAGCAGGACACUGGAGGAGUUCGCUAUCUGCCCAGACCUGCGAAUUGACCUAUCCAGGUUGGGCCGACAGGAUUUUGACCUGGAGAACAAGUUUAAGCCUUUCAGAGUGGAGAUUGUAGAUUCCGUUGAGGUGUACCUCAACAUGCUCCGUGGCAUCUUUGACUUCAACGCCAUAAAGGGACUCCUAACCGGACCGGAGCAGCUGAAGAUCAGAAUAGAUGCCAUGAAUGGAGUAAUGGGCCCCUAUGUCAGAAGGAUCCUGUGUGAUGAGCUGGGGGCCCCGGCUAACUCGGCAGUCAACUGUGUCCCCUUGGAGGACUUUGGAGGCCAACAGCCUGAACCCAACCUGCACUACGCAACAUCGCUGGUGGAGUCCAUGAAGGGGGGAGAGUUUGGGUUUGGUGCAGCCUUUGACGCCGAUGGGGAUCGCUACAUGAUUCUGGGCCAGAAUGGAUUCUUUGUUCAGCCAUCUGACUCCGUGGCUGUUAUGGCUGCCAACGCCUCCUGCAUCCCUUAUUUUAGGCAGAAUGGACUCCGUGGUCUGGCGAGAAGCAUGCCAACCAGCACCGCCCUGGACAAAGUGGCCAAGGCCUUGAAGGUGGCCCUCUACGAGACCCCCAGCGGCUGGAGAUACUUCGGGAACCUGAUGGACUCCGGAAGGUGUUCCCUCUGCGGGGAGGAGAGCUUCGGCACAGGCUCGGAUCACAUCCGCGAGAAGGACGGCCUGUGGUCCGUUCUCAUGUGGCUUUCCAUCAUAGCCUCUCGUAAACAGGGUGUUGAGGAGAUCAUGAAGGACCACUGGGCCAAGCUGGGCCGUAACUACUUCUGUCGGUUUGAUUAUGAGGGCGUGGAACCCAGGAUUGCUUUCUACCUGAUGAGGGAUCUCGAGGCUUUGAUCGCGGACAAAGCCUUCACUAGCCAGAAGUUUGCUGUCGCAAACAAUGUGUACAGCGUCGAGAAGGCAGACAACUAUGAGUACGUCGAUCCAGUGGAUGGAACAGUGGCCCGAAACCAGGGAUUGAGAAUCAUCUUCUCGGAUGCGUCCAGACUCAUCUUCCGACUGAGUGGCAGUAGCGGGGGGGGUGGGGCGACCAUCCGGAUAUAUGCAGAGAGCUACGAGAGGGACCCUGAGAAGCACAGCAGGGAGUCGCAGGCUGUGCUUGGACCCCUCAUUGCCAUCGCGCUGAAGAUUUCAGACGUCCACGAGCGGACGGGACGCCGUGGUCCAAGUGUCAUCACCUGAGUUCAGCUAUAGUAUCAAACCAGGGGCCAAACCAGAGACAAUCUUCCAAGAAGUUCCAGUUUCCCCACACAGCCUCUUCACUGCUUCACAAUCCCUUGUGUCCCCAACACUACUUUCCAGAUAAUGCCUAGCAGUUUCACUAAAUUUAUGUGAUGUCGUAAGAUGUUAACUUUGAAACAUUUUCAAGAGAUUUACCAAAGAUGGAUCAUCGAUUCCGAUUAGUUAAUGUGUGAUUAUAAAAAAAUGUAAAGAUUCCUUCCCCCAUGUGCUAGAAUGCAGAAAAAUACUGCAGAAUGGUCAAAAAUUGUACGCCUUUAAAUGUGUAAGAAAAUACAUGUAGUUAACCAGAUGUGUAGAUCAUAAAUAUGUUUUCAAAAGCAUGCGGUUGACAAUUAUACAUGCAUCUCAAGACUUCUCCUUUAGAAAAGGGUUUUAGGUUUUAAUUUAGGGUUUUAAAUGAGGAAUUGUGAGAUUGCGUAAACGCGGUCAGAAAAAUAGCAACAAGAUGUAGCAGCAGGUUGGUGAAAUUGUGAGAACAAACUGGUUCAAGCUUGUCUUGCUUGUUCUUCAUCUGUACCAACCUCUGCAGUCAUCAAUGAAAGUCAAUGUGGGAUCGAAGGGCAUCGGAAGUCAUGUAUUCAUCACAAAACUUAUUUUUAACUCGUGUAAUUAUUAGCAGAAACAUACUGUACACCAGAAUAUCGAUUUUAAAAAAUGGUUGACAGUUAUUUUGAAAAGCUGAUUUCUUAAACAUUGCUCUUCUGGAAACUAAGCUGUGAUUAUGCUCUGCUUAUUAGCAGUACAUAUUAAAAAUGGUAAAAAGGGAUUAA